UCUCUGUUGGUGACUGAGUGGUAUAAAGGAGGAUGCCGCCGCCGGAGCCGCACUGCGCCCUCCGCUCCCGCUCCAACAGGUUCACGUUCACCAUGCUGUCCACCCUGCUGACCGUCUGCGGCCUGGUGGCCUCCGGGAUGGCCGCCUGCCCCGACAUCCCCUCCCUGGAGGUGUUCGACGCUGCCCAGUACGUCGGCCAGUGGUACGAGAUCCAGAAGUACCCUCUGAUCGGUGAGCUGGGCGAAACCUGCGUCCAGGCCAACUACACUGCCCAGGCUGACGGCUCCGUGCGCCUAGAGAACCGCGGCAAGAAGCCCGACGGCUCCAUCGACUCAAUCCAGGGCACGGCACGCGCCGAGGACCCCGAGCACCCCGCCUCGCUCAGCGUCUACUUUGACGAGGGAUUCCGCGGCGAGUACAACGUGAUCCGCACCGACUACAGCGCCUCGGCGCUGGUCUACGCCUGCACACCGCUGGGAGACAUCAGCCUGGAGUACGUCUGGUUCUUGUCCCGUGAGGCCACCAUGGACCAGGCGGUGCAGGACGAGUACAUCCAGAUCCUUACCGAUGCUGGGUCGGAUAUCAGCCAGCUGGAGGAGACGCCGCAGGACUGCGGCAGCCUCUUCUGAGCUGUACAGAGGGAAUAGAGGGGAAUUUUAACCACCGGAUGAUAUAAAGGAAGGUGCGACGGGCAUUUGUCUGACCUGUGUUUCCUGUCAAACAGGGCUGGAGAGUUUGUUUUGUAUUCUGACUUACUUAUCAUUGUGCUGCAACAUGUGAUACACGUGAUAAAUAUAUGCUGAUCUGCUA